GUGUUGGCCUGGCUCCCGUGCCGCUCAGUUCCGCGCUGUACCUCGCUGCCCUGCCUCAGCAACCCGCCCGUUACCGGUCCUUCAGCACCCCCGUCAACCCGCCCGUCACCGGCCCUUCAGCACCCUCCCCCCUCCCUGUCAACCCACCCGUCACUGGCCCUUCAGCACCCCCCCCCCCCCCCCUCCCUGUCAACCCUCCCGUCACCGGCCCUGCAGCGCCCUCCGUCAACACAGAAAACAUAAGCAUGAGUGGUGCCCGGAGAGCCGUGCUGGUGCCCGUGGUACUGCUGGGUACCCUGCUCACCACGGUACUGGAGCCCGUCACCUGCUGCGAGUACCGGGCCGUCGACCCUCGCCACACCAUGUGUACCUUCCUCCCCAGACAGUGUACCGGCAAGACCAUCCUCCGAAGUGGAGGUCUGACGUGUCAGGACAAGGAGACCAUCCUGGACUCCCACAACACCCUCAGGCAGAAGGUGUCGAUGGGUCACGUCCGCAACCAGCCCCCGGCCCUCAACAUGCGAGCCUUGGUCUGGGACGAGGAGCUGGCGACGGUGGCGCAGCGCUGGGCAGACCAGUGCAUGCCCGGGCACGACCGUGCCAGGAACCUUGCUCGCUUCACCGUGGGCCAGAACGUGGCGGCCGCUUGGACCUACGAGCGAGACGAGGGCGACACUCCGGACUUCAACACGCAGGUCGAGGCCUGGUUCAACGAGGUCAACCAAUAUGGCUUCUCCAAGAGCAGCGUCGACCCCUUCAGGUUCAACAAGGCCACGGGCCACUACACCCAGAUGGUGUGGGCGGAGACAUACCUGGUGGGGUGUGGCUACACCUACUACAAGGACCCCUCCCUCGGCUACACCAAGAUCUACGUGUGCAACUACGCUCCCGGAGGCAACGUUAUCGGCGGCUCUAUGUACAAGUUGGGCUUCCCGGGACAACAAUACUGUGUCAGCGAUGGUCUGCACCCUUCCGCAGCCUACCAGGGCCUCUGUGAUCGCGAGGCCGGGAACAAGCCGGGUCCCUGUGGCAAGAUGCCGUCGUCCGCCAUGCAUCAUCCAUCUCUCACCAACAGCAUCUCCUCCAGCGGUCCUCACCCCAGCAUGAUGUCUCAUGCCGCGCCCCACAUGAUGAUGCCUCACCCCGCCCCUCACCACCCCAUGACUCCUCACGACUACAUGGACGACCACGACAUUAUGAGGCCAGGAGAAUUCCUCAUGAAGGGCAUCCAAGAGCCCUUCAAGGGGAUCAUGAAGAUCCUCAAUCCCUGGAAUAUUCUGAACCGCUUCACGUGAGUGACGCCGCCGCAACAGUUGACGGAGGGCUGCACUCACCGCCCGGUGGCCGCCACUCAUUGUUGAGACUCGCUCGUGUACCGGAACUAUUCUCGUCGUUAGUUACCUUGUAUCUUUAGCUUUAAGUCAUGACAGUAGUGCCUUGGUGAGAAUGUGUAUAGCGUGAAUUGAGUACUGGGGCCCCUUAGCGUGUACUGCGGGGGGCCUCGAACGUGGAGAGUGUGUGCCCCGAGUAGCGUAUAUGCCGGGUGCGGCUACUCUGGACUUCAAUACAAGCCUUGUAUCAGUAACUUUUACCACAGUUACAAUUGAAACCUCAUGAAAGCAUCAUUUGUUGACGAGACUCUGGUAGUCCUUGAAAACAUAUUAAAGAAGGAAACAUGCAUUUAAAACCAUACUCAGUUUCAUGAGUGACUGGCUCUGUUUUACAACCCCCAAGAUGCAAGAAUAGCUGGCUGUAUUACAAGUCUGAGUGGCUGUGCAACCCCUUGAGGGCAUUGUGCACGCUCAACAGGUCUGAACAAUUGUUAGGUUCGUGUUGAGUGUUUUAAACACGCACAUAGGUAAGGUGGCGCUACAAUACUGUAUGUUUUGUCUUCUAGGAAGACGUAUUGUCCUCAUCAGUCUUGUGGAGUUCCAUACCUUGGUUAGUAACUGGCCUCUCUCCUAUAUGGUCUUAAGGGGAAGGUGGUCUGCCUCCACCGUCACCUUAGGGUGAUGGAGGGAGCCAGCCUCCACCGUCACCUCAGGGUGAUGGAGGGAGCCAGACUCCCCUGCAGGCCACGGUGAGAGCCUGCGUCACACAACACAUAUUGUGUUCUAUUCCGCCACUUGCUUCAAAACAUUGUCACUUGCUUAGCUAAACGAAGUAUAGGGAUCACUUCCUGAACCCAUUAUGUGCCUCUGUGACCCUCUCCAUCACUGCCCACGGCAUGGGUAUAGGGUGCAUAAUAAAGAUGUUGAAUUGUAUUGACAUUACUGAGCAGCGACCCACGAGGUAAGAGGAGUGAAGAGACCCAUUAUGUGUGUGUGUAGGACCGGCUGACACGUUGUGUGGUACAGCCGGCCGGACCACUCGUCCCUCUCACACUUCUGGUCACUGCUUAUAUUAUCUCAGAGUAAACAAGUUUAUGACCUUGAAGCAGAUGCUUUAUAUAAUACUUGAGAAGUUAAUUUGGCGGUUGAUGGAUGACAGGUGUCAGAUGGAUGACAUGCCGCUGUCUCCUGGUCAUUGACAGCUGCUUGGUAGUCCUUUGGCACUCUGCCAGUUCGUGCGACUAGUAUACAUCUGGCCGUGUAACUGUCUUCAGCUGGUUGUGUUGUUAGUGAUGGUCUAGUGGGGCCACAACACAUAAGGCAUGUGUAUCGUGCAGAUGGUGUUAGGCCUAUACAUUUAUGAAGACUUAAUACUGUUGUACAAGUGAAUGACUUCAACACAACACAGUUCAUCAUGAUCCCGUGUAACAAGUUCUUGACUAACUUUACCCGUUGACAAGUAAAAUAUUCAAGUAAAGUAACUUUUCUCAAGUAAAAUAACUUUUUAUAAAAAUAUUAAAUAAUGAAAAAGGUUUUAUACAAUAAUUUCUACGCAGUCAGUAUAUAUAUCAGGAGGAUCUGCUUGCCGGCAAGCAGGGCGGUGGGCGUGUGGGCUCCAGGGGGGGGCGAGGAGCCCUCCAAUUACAGGUUUGGAAGGCAUAUAAAUUUAGCACAAGGGCAUAUUUCAUAUCAAAUAUCCUUAACAUAUAUAUAUAUGUGCGUUUAUCACUGCCGAAGAGCUCAUAUGUUGUGUACCAUUGCUGGAAAUUCGUAUAUACUGGCCUGUUUUUUUUUUUUUAUUGUACAUGUAGAAUAAAAGGUAUAUUUUGUUGACCAGACCACACACAAGAAAGUGAAGGGACGACGACGUUUCGGUCCGUCCUGGACAAUUCUCAAGUCGAUUGUUUAUAUUUUGUCAAUUAAUUGUCAAUUUAAUUGACAAUUAAUUUUGUCAAUUAAAAAAGGUAAAUUUUGUCAAUUACUCAAAACAGACUAAUUUUUGUUACUAGAUGUGGCUGCAUUUCAGGAAUAAAGUUUUCACUUUAUAUAUAAUAUUAUUAAGUACAGAUGGACUUGUGGUCCAGUACCUGAGUGUGUCCCUCGACCUCGUGUCGAGUUAUACACCAAUGUUGUAUAAAGUGUGUAUAUCACAAUACAUUAAUACAGAAUCAUGAUCAUUAUGUUUAAAGAUUGAUAAGAGUUACGUAAAUGUAUAUAUUGUAAUAAAUCUUAUAUCCGUUUCUUUCCUAUAAUCAAGAACAAAUAUGUAAUGUAUAUGUAUGUAUAUGUAUCAAUAAAAUGUAUGUUAAGAAGGUAAGGCGGCCUGUGUAGUGCAGGCCGGGACAGGGAGGGUUCUCAAAAGACACAGACAAAAGAGGCUAUUUAUUGUAUUUAAACAACUACUUUACAUUACAACUUUCAUAAAUAAUCUGUGAACGA